AUGGUAAUCAACAGAAUAAGUCGGCUUCGUGCGUUCCAAUUUCAGCCGAGAUUAUGGUAACAAAUUAACGGUAUAGAAAGAAGAAGAUGCAGCUAUUAGAUAUCUUACGAAACAUCUGUCCAACUAAAAAAUGUUUAGUUGAAGAAAAAAUGUUAUUUUGGGAACUUCUCGAAGAAAUGGUCACUUUUUUAGAUAUACAUAGGAGGAUGUUGGCCUGUUACGUUUGGUUUGCAGCUCAGGGGCAAGGUUGAUUUUUGAAUUUAGUAUCAGGAACACUUCAUCAACACUUAUAUGCAUAUAUGAUGCCUGGCCGUAGCAGAAACGUAACUGCAAGGUAAUUUAAAAAUUCUCACAAGACUGAGAGCGGGUGAGAGUGCCGUUGUCGUUGGCUGAGCCUCAUGAUCUCAAUAUUCUUCUCGUCCAGAAUUAAGCGCAAAAGGUCUUCCUGUGCUUAGUAAGGUAAGUCUUUCUCCUUGGGCUCUGAUUAUUCAUAUUCCUAUUAGCAAAAGUAAAAGAGGAAUAUGGUGAGGUAGAACUAUUUCAAAAUAUCUUUUAGGUCUCGCGGAGUAUGAAACAACUUGGAUCACACUCCUCUAGUCAUUCAGUAGCUUAUGGACUCAAGUUCUCGUUAUAUGGCGGUAUAAUUAAACUGAAUUUUAUGGUUUCAAAGCAGACAUGAUUAUGAUUGGCUGUGGAUCUGCCGUUCAAGAAUCAGCCUCAAAAUCAUCAUAACCUAACUUUUAUAAAAUUUUUUAAAACGAUAUUGCGAUAGACCAAUCUAUUUAAAAGAAUGCUAAUACCACCUUAGCAAUUUGAAAGUAUGAUUUAGUUGUCCAACUUUAAGGUUUCAAAUAUAUUAUAUGAACUGUUAAGCAAUUUGUAUGGGCAGAAAAUGUUAGAAAAUGCUUCCCCGUUUCUCACAGUGUUUAUGUCAGCACACAUGUAUUUACAACUACUAUAAGGCGAUCAAGAACAUAUGUGCUAAUUUUAAUAAUCUGGUCAACAACGAUUAAUUAACAAUCACACACUUGUAUUGAGGAAAUGCUGUCACUAUUAUCGAUUUGACUGAUUGCGUUUGCGGAGUAAUAAGAAAAACCUGUUUAUUUUCAACAAAAAAGAGCAACAGCAAUGCAUAUAACAAUAAAAAUAAGCGUGUUUAAAGGGUAACAACGUCAAAAAAAUAACAUUUGAUGUAUGAAGAAAUUAAAAAUCUGUUAAACAGGGCUAAAGGUCUUUUUCGGUUGCUCAAUAAACAGAGAAAAUUUGAGAAAAAAAAGGAUGCAAAAAUUGUUUACGUAUAUUCUAAUGAGUAUAAAUUUUGAAAAAAAAGCGCUCACCUGCCAUAAACACGUGAGCACACAGGAGAAGUGAAAAUGUGUGUUGAUUUUCUGUUGCCAAGCCAAUCGUUGCAUUUUGAGAAAGAAUUUUUUGCCUUGCGCUUGCGUAUGUAUUUGUCAUGACGCAAUACCAACAACAUGGCAGGUUUUCGAAUGAAGAUCAACAAAAAAUUGUAACAACAACAAUGAAUAAACAAACAAACCUUACAGCUCAGAGUCAUAAAUAUCAUUAGCGGUCCAAACGCAUUCGCACUUUUCGAUAUCACUUUACUUAUUUGAGUAUAAAUGUCAAAGCAGCGCGCGAAUUCCGAUCAAUAAGUCACCAGAUAUCACCUUCAGUAUUACACUUGCACUUUCAUUCUCAUUUUUCACAAUGUUUUCGCUAUCCACAAAUUUGCUUUACUUUGGCUUAUUACUUCUGGCAAUCUCUUCGGUUUCUUCCUAUGGACAUCGAAAAUUGGACUGGUGCGACCCGUCGCUGUGUCCGAAUGGCAAGUGGCAUGUGGCGUGCGAUCACAAUGGCCGUUUUGGCGAAAAUUGUCCCAAAGAUGCUCUACUCUACGAUCUGCGUUCAUAUCGUGAACACAUACUGCACGAACACAAUAAGCGACGCAAUUUCGUAGCGCUCGGCCAACUGCCCGGUUAUUAUCCAGCUGCGCGCAUGGCAACUAUGGUGUGGGACGAAGAACUCGCCUAUCUUGCGUCGUUGAACAUAAAAAUGUGCUAUGUGGAGCAUGAUGACUGCAAUAACUCUUACCGUUUUCCAACUGUGGGACAAAAUCUUUCCGGCGUCGAUCGGCGACGCGACUUGAAAGCCAGUGUAACCGAUAUAAUAGCAAUGUCAAUGGGUUUGUGGUUCGGUGAAUAUCCACUUAUCGAUAGCAAUUACAUCAGAUCCUUCCGCGUUUCAUCGAAUUUUGAGAAGUAUGGUCACUUUGCGGAAAUGAUGAUCGAUCGCAACACGCAUGUCGGCUGUGCGAUGUCGCGCUACACACACCCCACCUACCCGUUCCUCUACAUCUACAAUACCGCUUGCAAUUAUGCCAGCAAGUAUGCACUGGAAACGCCUGUUUAUCGUGUGGGCGAACCCGCAUCGGAAUGCGAAACCGGCCCCAAUCCGAAAUAUCCAGGCCUCUGCUCCAAGCGAGAGAAAUUUAAUCCCAAUUAUGAUUAAUUACCGCUGCAUAUCAACCAAAACUGAAAAAACAAAUACAAAGUACAAAACAAAUCUCUGAUAAAUUGAUGAAUUGCUGUUUCUUCUUCUUUUUAGCAUAAAAAAACA